AUACAUUCUAUCAUUCUAUGAUCCAUUAUUGCUGUGUAUGGUCAAUGGUGAUAAAAUAAAAAUAAAGUUAAAAAAAAAUGGCUGCGGUAGUACAACAUUCCCUGCGAAGAUAUUUGGCUUCUGCAGCAGGAAAGCAAGUUGUUUUGGGGCCUUCUGCUGUAUCUGGUCAACAUGAAGGGGGUUACAAAAUGUGGAAGAAGCUCACAUUUUUUGUGGCAUUUCCUGCUAUAGUCUUGUGUGCUGUAAACUGUGUUUUGGAACACAACAGACACCCACAUGAGAGACCACCUUUUGUAAAGUACGAUCAUUUACGAAUUCGUACCAAACGCUUCCCCUGGGGAGAUGGACAACAUUCUCUAUUUCACAACCCUCAUGUUAAUGCACUGCCCGAUGGUUAUGAAGAUGAACACUAAUGUUCUAACCAGCAACUAGUAUUUGUUAGGUUUCAAAGUUGUAACAGUUGUACAGGUCACUUUAAUAAUAAAUUAAGUAAUUACUGAGUA